UGUGACUUUGUUGAGAGAGAAAGAAAUUAUGGGGAGAGAAGAAAGUGUUAAGGCAGAAGCUGCUUUGCCUCUUUUUGACAUCAAACAGGCAAAGGGCAGAGUUUGUCACAGGCUGUUUUCAUCCACGGUUUUUUUUGGGAUUUGUUUGAUUUGGUUUUACAGAUUGACAAACAUCCCAGGGGCAGGUCAACAAGGAAGAUUGUCUUGGAUUGGCAUGUUCAUCUCUGAACUCAUGUUCAGUUUCUACUGGAUCCUCACUCAACCUGUUCGUUGGAAUGUUUCUUAUUACUUACCAUUCAAAGACAGGCUCCUACACAGCUAUGAAGACAAGCUACCUGGAGUAGACAUCUUUGUCUGUACAGCUGAUCCAAUAAUGGAGCCACCAGCUAUGGUGAUUAACACCAUUUUAUCAGUGAUGGCCUACAACUAUCCUCCUGAGAAAUUAAGCAUUUACCUGUCUGAUGAUGGAGGAUCAAAUUCCACAUUCUAUGCUCUCUUGGAGGCCUCUCAUUUCUCAAAACGUUGGAUACCCUUCUGCAGAAAGUUCAAUAUUGAACCAAGGUCUCCGGAGGCUUACUUUUCUCAGCAUUUUGAUGCUCAAAACACUGUAAAUCCUCGGGAAUGGUUGGCCACCAAGAAACAAUAUGAAGAUAUGAAGGAAAGGAUACAAGCAGUAAUCAAUAAAGGUAGUAUCUCGGAAGAAAUAAAGAAUCAACACAAAGGAUUCUUGCAGUGGAAUCAUAAUGUGACAAAACAGAAUCAUCAUCCUAUAGUGAAGAUUGUUAUUGAUGGAAGGGACCAGAAAUCUGUGGAUAAUGAUGGAAUUCAACUGCCAACCCUCGUUUACUUGGCACGGGAAAAGAAACUGGAUUGGCCUCAUAACUUCAAAGCUGGAGCCAUGAAUGCACUGAUAAGAGUGUCAUCUGAGAUCAGUAAUGGAGAUGUCAUCCUGAAUCUGGACUGUGACAUGUAUGCAAACAAUGCAGACGCCAUAAGAGAGGCUCUUUGCUUCUUCAUGGAUGAACAGAGAGGCCAUCAGAUUGCUUACGUGCAGCAUCCACAAAACUUUAACAACAUAAUUAAGAAUGAUAUUUAUGCAAAUAACCCCCAUGCAGUCAAUAAGGUUGAACUUGCUGGAUUAGGAGGAUAUGGAGCAGCCUUGUUCUGUGGAACUGGGUGUUUCCACAGACGCAAUAGUCUUUGCGGAAGCAAAUACUCUAACGAAAACAAGCAAGUAUGGAAUGUAAAGACACAAAAGGGUGAUAAAAGAAAAAUCAAUGAAUUGGAACAAAGAUCAAAAGUUCUUGCUAGUAGUAUCUAUGAGAAAGGCACUCAAUGGGGGAAAGAGAUGGGAUUGGUAUAUGGGUGUCCAGUUGAAGACAUUGUUACUGGCUUGACAAUCCAGUGCAGGGGCUGGAAAUCAGUUUAUUACAAUCCAGAGAGGGAGGCUUUUCUAGGUGUUGCUCCAGCAACAUUAGACAUAUCUCUUAUUCAGUUCAAGAGGUGGUCUGAAGGAAUGUUCCAGAUUUUCUUCUCAAAGUAUUGUCCCUUCAUUUAUGGACAUAAGAAGAUAAAACUGGGUGCUCAGAUGGGAUACUGUAUUUAUCUUUUAUGGGCUCCACUUUCGCUCCCUACUCUGUAUUAUGUCAUUGUUCCUCCUCUUUGUCUUCUCCAGGGCAUCCCUCUCUUUCCAGAGGUUUCAAGCCCAUGGUUCAUACCCUUUGUGUAUGUGUUCCUAUCCAGGAAUAUUUAUAGCAUAGUUGAAGCUUUAAGAUGCGGCAGCACUAUUAAGGCCUGGUGGAACCUGCAAAGGAUGGUGAUGAUUCGGAGAACUACUUCCUUCUUCUUUGCAUUUGUCGACACCAUCAUCAAGAAGCUAGGAUUAUCCCAGACAACAUUUGUCCUAACGGCAAAGGUGGCAGCGGAGGAUGUCUCAAAGAGGUAUGAGCAACAGGUCAUGGAGUUUGGAAGCUCCUCGAUCAUGUUUACCCUCAUAGCAACACUUGCAAUGCUAAACCUCAUCAGUCUAGCUGGAGCAGCAUUUAAGACUGUUAUGCCUGUGGAGUACUUGAAGGAGAUGGAGAGGUUAAUCUCGCAAGUUGGUGUUUGUGCUUUAGUGGUUAUGUUAAAUGCUCCGGUGUUCGAAGCACUGUUCCUUAGGAAGGAUAAAGGACGCUUGCCUUUUUCUGUUAUGUUCAAAUCUGUUGUCUUUGUUUCAUUGGCAUGCCUCAUACCCGUAAGAUAAAAUAAUAACAGUUAUAAAUGUCGUUCUUAAUAAAAAUAUAACACUCAUUGCGGAGGAGUAUGUAGUACUAUAUUUUUUAAUAAUUAUCAAUAAUAAUAGUACUGCAAUUUU